UGUGAGCUGCGUUCACUGUCCUGUGUGUCCUUGUUCAUAGGAGUAUGUGAAGGAGUAAGCGUGCUUUGAGUAAGUAACUGCAGAGAGCCGCUGCAUUUGGAAGGCUUGUCUGCACAGCACACAGAUUUCGAGGAAAAGGACCUUACUAGAGAGCAACUCACUAACUCUGAGCAGGGAGAAAAGCCAGAGUCAAGUUGCUCUUGGAAAGUGUGAAGAUAACCUGUUUCAGUUGCUGAGUGGACCAGACAGUCACAUAAAUGCAGUAUCUAAACGUAAAAGAAGAUUGCAAAGCUAUGGCUUUCUGUGCAAAGAUGAGGAGCACAAAGAAGACUGAAGUAAACCUGGAAGCUCAGCACCAGGGUUUAGAACUACUUUUUUACCUGCCAGAUAAACCUCCCAUUUUUUACACCAGUGGCGAGUUUACCUCAGAGGAACUGUGCAUUGAAGCUGCUCAGAAAUGCUGUAUAUCUCCACUGUGCCAUAAUCUCUUUGCGCUGUUUGAUGAGAACAAGAGGCUCUGGUAUGCACCCAACCAGGUCUUUAAGAUAGAUGAAAAAACAUCAUACCGGCUCCAUUACAGAAUGAGAUACUACUUUACAAACUGGCAUGGGACAAGYGAAAGUGAACCCUCAGUGUGGAGACAUUCCCCAAAGAAGUCCAAGAACUCCUACGAGAAGAAGCUAGCUCCAGAAGGAAGCCCCAUACUUGAUGCAUUCUCCUUAGAAUACAUUUUUGCACAGGGACAAUAUGACUUAGUGAAAGGCCUGGCACCAGUUCGUGAUCCUAAAAAUGAUCAAGAAGGUCAUGAAAUUGAAAAUGAAUGUCUGGGGAUGGCUGUCCUUGCAAUCUCUCACCAUGCCAUCAAGAAAAAUAUGAAACUUCCAGAGCUUCCCAAAGAUGUCAGUUACAAGCACUAUAUUCCAGAAACUUUGAACAAGACUAUCAGACAGAGGAAUUUCUUAACCAGAAUUCGGAUAAAUAAUGUUUUCAAGGAUUUCCUUAAAGAGUUUAACAAUAAAACCAUUUGUGACACUAAUGUGUCUCCACAUGACCUGAAAGUUAAAUAUUUGUCAACAAUGGAGACCUUGACCAAACAUUACGGAGCGGAAAUCUUUGAGACUUCAUCUUUGCUGAUUUCAUCCGAGAAUGAAAUAAAUAAGUUUAAUUGUGGAGAAAAUGAGAUCCUUCCACAGUAUGAAGUGAUCGUAACAGGAAACAAUGGAAUUCAGUGGCGGCUCAAGCCACAUCCUGUACAGACAGAGAAAGAGAAACAUAAGAUGAAGAGGAGAAAAUCAGAUGGCAAAAAUAAGAAAGAGGAAGAAAAACACAAAGCUCAAGAGUUGUGGAACAAUUUUUCCUAUUUUCCUGAAAUCACCCACAUUGUCAUCAAGGACUCCACCGUUAGCAUUAACAAGCAGGAUAACAAAAGGAUGGAGUUAAAACUGUCCUCACAUGAUGAGGCCCUGUCAUUUGCAUCGUUGAUAGAUGGAUAUUUCAGACUUACAGCAGAUGCUCACCACUAUCUCUGCACAGAUGUGGCUCCCCCGCUGAUUGAGCACAACAUAAAAAAUGGAUGCCAUGGACCCAUUUGUACGGAGUACGCCAUCAACAAACUGCGACAGGAAGGGAACGAAGCAGGAAUGUAUGUGCUGAGAUGGAGUUGCACAAACUUUAACCACAUUCUCAUGACUGUGACUUGUUUUGAUGGCUCAGAGCUGUUAAAUAAUUCAAUCCAGUAUAAGAACUUCCAGAUUGAAGUGGAAAAGGGCAAGUAUUUCCUACAUGGUUCAAACAACAAUUUUUCAUCCUUAAAAGAGCUGAUGGAUCACCUGAAAGGACAGAUACUUCGGACAGACAACAUAAGCUUUACACUGAAGAGGUGCUGCCAACCAAAACCAAGAGAGGUCUCCAACUUGCUGGUUGCAACCAAGAAGGCUCAGGAAUGGCAGCCCACUUACCAUUUAGGGCAGCUAAGUUUCCAUCGAAUCCUCAAGGAAGAAAUCAUACAGGGUGAACAUCUUGGAAGAGGGACGAGAACACAGAUUUACUCAGGCAUUCUCAACUACAAAGAUGAUGAGAGUGAAGGGUAUCAAAAUGAAAAAGAGAUUAAAGUCCUUCUCAAAGUCUUGGACCCGAGCCACAGAGACAUUUCUUUGGCCUUCUUCGAAACGGCAAGCAUGAUGAGGCAGGUGUCCCACAAGCACAUCGUCCUGCUCCACGGAGUCUGCGUCCGCGAUGUAGAAAAUAUCAUGGUUGAAGAAUUUGUGGAAUUUGGGCCUCUGGAUCUAUUUAUGCAUCGGAAAAGUGAAGUUCUUACAACUCCCUGGAAAUUCAAAGUCGCCAAGCAACUUGCAAGCGCCCUGAGCUACCUGGAGGAUAAGGAUUUGGUACAUGGAAAUGUGUGUACUAAAAACAUGCUGCUGGCAAGAGAAGGAAUUGACACCGAAUAUGGUCCGUUCAUAAAGCUGAGCGACCCAGGGAUUCCGAUAACUGUGCUCACCAGACAAGAAUGUGUGGAGCGAAUCCCCUGGAUUGCACCUGAAUGUGUUGAAGACUCAAAAAAUUUAAGCAUUGCAGCAGAUAAGUGGAGUUUUGGCACAACACUGUGGGAAAUCUGCUAUAAUGGAGAAACACCACUGAAAGACAAGACGCUAGCAGAGAAGGAGCGGUUCUACGAGGGCCACUACAUGUUGGCAACRCCGUCGUGCAAGGAGCUGGCCGACCUGAUGAAGCAGUGCAUGAACUACGACCCCAACCAGCGGCCCUUCUUCAGAGCCAUCAUGAGAGACAUCAACAAGCUGGAGGAGCAAAAUCCUGAUAUCGUCUCUGAGAAGAAGCCUGUUACAGAGGUCGAUCCCACGCUCUUUGAAAAACGAUUCUUGAAGCGAAUCCGUGACCUGGGGGAGGGGCACUUCGGCAAGGUUGAACUCUGCAGAUACGACCCAGAAGGCGACAAUACAGGGGAGCAAGUGGCAGUUAAAUCCCUAAAGCCAGAGAGUGGCGGGAAUCACAUUGCUGACCUGAAGAAGGAAAUUGAAAUCUUGAGGAAUCUUUAUCACGAAAACAUUGUCAAGUAUAAGGGAAUUUGCACAGAAGAUGGAGGAAGUGGGAUUAAACUCAUCAUGGAAUUUCUUCCUUCUGGGAGCCUAAAGGAGUAUCUCCCACGGAACAAGAACAAAAUCAACCUCAAACAACUUCUCAGAUACGCAGUUCAGAUCUGCAAGGGAAUGGAUUACCUGGGCUCCCGGCAGUAUGUUCACCGGGACUUAGCCGCAAGAAACGUCCUYGUCGAAAGCGAGAACAGAGUGAAGAUCGGAGACUUUGGCCUCACCAAAGCAAUAGAAACCGACAAGGAGUAUUACACCGUCAAGGACGACCUCGACAGCCCYGUGUUUUGGUACGCGCCGGAGUGCCUGCUGCAGAGCAAGUUCUACAUCGCCUCCGACGUGUGGUCCUUCGGCGUGACGCUGUACGAGCUGCUCACCUACUGCGACUCGGAGUGCAGCCCCAUGGCUGAAUUCCUGAAAAUGACGGGUCCCACGCAAGGGCAGAUGACAGUAGCGCGGCUUGUCCGGGUGUUGCAAGAAGAGAAGCGGCUGCCACGUCCCCCCAGCUGCCCCGAGGAGGUGGACCAGCUGAUGCGGAAGUGCUGGAUAUUCAAACAUGACGAACGGACAAAUUUUCACAAUCUGAUUCAAGCAUUUGAAAUAAUUAUGAAUAAAAUGUAAUUUUUUUUCAAUAUACUGUCAGUACUUCAAAUGUGUGUCAAUAUACAAAUGCCCUGGAUCUUUCAUUUUUUAACUACUGUAAUUUGUAUUCUGACUGUGCUAAUGUGCUUAAAGGAUUCUUUUUCCAACAGUUUUCCUUUUUUAUUUUAACUUGGUCAACAGUUGGAUCAAAUUAAUUAAAUGGUAACUCCUUUUGCUGCAGUUAUUGCAAGACAUUCUUAUCUUUCUUUGAUGAAGGUAGUUACAAUUUGAAGUAUCCUGGCUGAACACAAACUGAAAGAAUGGUCUCAAAACUGCUCUGGUUCUCAGCGCACAUAAACUAUCUGUAUGUACCCUCUAAAAAGGCAAGUUUGUUGUUCAUGCAUAUUCCUCAAAUACCAAAAUCAGGGCACGCAAGAGAAUUUACUGUCGCAAUUCAGUAAUUUUUACGGGGAUCUUGAAAAAGCUUUUUUUUUUUAAAUUCUGGCUGACAAGCAGCUGCCACGUGCACUUAAAUUUUAUUAAAAAGACCAAAAAAAAAGAAACCAAGGGAGGCGCAGUAAGUCAGGCAGCAGGUCUGAGUGGGUCUCACACCUUAAAAACAUUAUUUGUGUGUCAUGCUCCUCUCCCAAAGCAUCCAUCAGGAUGCGUUAAGUGCAUUUCCUGGAGAAAACCCUCGUCUUAGGCAAACGCAAGCUCCGGCCGCAGCCCCACCUGCUCGAGCUGCCGCGGAGCAGACGCGCGGGGCCGGGUCCCUGUGUCCCGCGGGCGCCGCCGGAGCGGCCGCCGCGCCGGUGCUGCCCGCAGCCAAGGCWCUGGCCAGCGCGUAAAGCAAUUCUGGCAGUGUCGCUGUAGAGCACUCGGGCCAAAAGCGAGGGUAGGAGCUAGACUGUUCCUGCGUGCUAAAGAGUUAGGCUUUAAUAAUAACAGCAUUGGACUUKAAUUUGACUUACGGACUCAAAGCGUGCAAUUGAGAAGCGUUCACCRAGGGACAGUAAAAGCCAGAGGCCGGCGAGGCCAGACUGGGGCCACGUGGGGUUUGACUGGUCCGUAAAGCGGGCUGCAGGKGGCACGGCCGGCCCCUCGGCCGCCGGAGCAGCCCUCACUGCAGCUGGGAGCUCGCGCUGGCCCCGUCCCACGCCUGGGCUCCGGCCUCUUCCCAACCAAACCUGGCUUUGAAAACGCGCUGAGGAAGUAAUUCUGGCAAUAACUGAAAGAUGUCUUUAAAUAUAUACAUAUAUAUAUAUUAUAUAUAAACCCUGUAAUUAGGAGCUGCCACCAGGUCAGAUUUAUUUUUACAGUAUUACCUGUCUUUCUGUAUGUCCGUGAUGACUCUGAUUUAAAGCUCUAAGCACUUUGUUACUCUUUAUACGAAGCUAAAUAAAGUUUUGUUUUGUU